AUGCCCGCUCUUUUCACCCCGCUCUACAUCGACGGCCAAGAGUGUUCAGCGAGCAGCGACGCUUGCUAUGAGGUACAGAAUUCGUACUCCAAGGAGAUCGUCACCCUCGCCUCCUCCGCGUCCAGCCAAGACUGCCAGAACGCCGUUGACGCAGCCGCACGGGCUUUCAAUACCUGGGAACGUGUGCCGCUCUCCGCGAAGCGAGACUACUUCCUAAAGGCGGCCGAUCUGCUGGAAACCGAAAGGUACAGGGCAAAGGUCAAAUUGGCGCUGCAGGAGGAGACGUGCGCCGCAGACUUCCUGGUCGACUUUAACCUCCAGGUUUCAGUGGAGUGGUUGCGCCACAUCGCGGGGCUGGUGACUCAGUUGAAGGGCGAGUCUUUUCCGUCGACGAUUCCGGGAGGAUAUGUCAUUGCCCAACGAAGGGCUCAGGGUGUCAUCCUCGCCGUCGCGCCGUGGAACGCGCCUGUGAUCCUGGCAGUUCGUGCAAUUGGAUAUCCGAUCAUUUGUGGCAACACAGUUGUCUUCAAAACCUCCGAGAAUAGCCCACGCACGCAAUUUAUUAUCGCGGAGCUCCUGCAUGAAGUAGGGUUGCCCAAAGGCGUCCUGAAUGUCGUACAUAUAUCGCGAGAAAACGCUCCUGCAAUGACUAGCGAAAUGAUUGCCCACCCUGCAGUGCGGAAGAUCAACUUCACGGGGAGCGAUCGCGUAGGAAGACUGAUAGCCGCAGAAGCCGCCAAGUAUCUGAAGCCUUGCGUGUUCGAGCUGGGCGGAAAGGCACCUGUUGUCGUGCUGGAAGGCGCAGACGUACCGAGAGCCGCACGUGCAAUCACCUUCUCCGCCCUCUUGCACUCCGGUCAGAUCUGUAUGUCAACCGAGCGCGUCAUCGUGCAACGGCAGGAGGCGCAAAACUUAAUUAAAGCCCUCAUCGAAGAGUUCAGCAAGUUCAAGUCCGGCGGCCCGGGAGAAAGGCUCUCUGCGCAGUUCACGGAGGCCUCCGCCGCGCAUAUUGUGGCCAUGCUUGCUGAGGCGAAGCAGAAUGGCGCACGGUUCCUGCUCGGAGACGGGACCAGAGACGGCCCAGUCGUGCAGCCGCACAUUGUCACGGACGUGAAGCCUGGCAACGCUCUUUGGGACCAAGAAAGCUUCGGACCAGUGGUCGUGCUCGUGGAAGUUGAUACCAUUGACGAGGCGGUCGAUUUCGCGAACGCGUCCGACUACACGUUAGUGGGCGCUCUGUGGACGAAAGACCUCAACACAGCAAUGGAUGUAUCUAUGCGCAUACGAUCAGGCUGCGUGAACGUCAACGGCCCCACAGUUCAUCUCGAAGACAGAGAUCAUACAGGCCUCGGCGGAGGAUCAGGUUAUAGCAAUUUUAGUGUCGAGAGCUUUACGGAUGUGCGGAUGGUCGUGAUCCAUCCUGCUGACGCUCCUCCGUAUCCAUUGGUUGGGUGA